GUGUUACACAGACGUGUGGAGCUACAGGUGUUACAUUGACGUGUUGGUCUACAGGUGUUACACGGACGUGUGGGGCUACAGGUGUUACACUGACGUGUGGGGCUACAGGUGUUACAUUGACACUGAAGUGUGGGGCUACAGGUGUUACACUGACGUGUGGUGCUACAGGUGUUACACUGACGUGUGGGGCAACAAGUGUUACACUGAGGUGUGGGGCUUCAGGUGUUACACUGACGUGUGGGGCUACAGGUGUUACACUGACGUGUGGGGCAACAAGUGUUACACUGAGGUGUGGGGCUUCAGGUGUUACACUGACGUGUGGUGCUACAGGUGUUACACUGACGUGUGGGGCAACAAGUGUUACACUGAGGUGUGGGGCUUCAGGUGUUACACUGACGUGUGGGGCUACAGGUGUUACACUGACGUGUGGGGCUUCAGGUGUUACACUGACGUGUGGGGCUACAGGUGUUACACUGACGUGUGGGGCUUCAGGUGUUACACUGACGUGUGGGGCUACAUGUGUUACACUGAAGUGUGGGGCUACAGGUGUUACACUGACGUGUGGGGCUACAUGUGUUAGACUGAAGUGUGGGGCUACAGGUGUUACACUGACGUGUGGGGCUACAGGUGUUACACUGACGUGUGGGGCUACAGGUGCUACACUGACGUGUGGAACUACAGGUGUUACACUGACGUGUGGGGCUACAGGUGUUACACUGGCGUGUGGAGCUACAGGUGUUACACUGACGUGUGGGGCUACAUGUGUUACACUGACGUGUGGGGCUACAGGUGUUACACUGACGUGUGGGGCUACAGGUGUUACACUGACGUGUGGGGCUACAGGUGUUACACUGACGUGUGGGGCUACAGGUGUUACACUGACGUGUGGGGCUACAGGUGUUACACUGACGUGUGGGGCUACAGGUGUUACACUGACGUGUGGGGCUACAGGUGUUACACUGACGUGUGGUGUAAGGAACGUGAGCAUCUGA